AUGAACACUCUCCGUUUCAGUAAACACCCUAUCUCAUGUCUCAAAUAUACGGUUCAGAUUAAGUCCACACAUGACGCGUUACAUCUGCACUCCACCAAAACAACAACCAAGAUGGAGUAUCAGGAGCGGCAACAGACACCUGAAAACGGCAGUCAACAGCCAAAUGGAAACCAUCGAAUCCCCAAACCGUGGGACAAGAAUUUUCAGCAACAAUCUCACACCCAGCAGCCUUAUACCCCCCAAGUUGUGAAACAAGAGCCACCCCAAACACCAAGCGCCUAUUACACGCCGCAUACACGAUCCGCCCCAGGAGGUGAAGACAUGUCUCAUGGACAGCGAUAUAACGGAUAUAUCAAGCAGGAGCCUGGACUGGAGGAUGGAGCAGCUAUCGACCCAGCUCUGUUCGACAUGGGUGCCUCUGGUACUGUGUCUUCAGUACCUCCCUCAGCACCUCAUUCGGGCCAUUCUUCACGACACUCAAGUCCAGCCAUACCUUCCACACAAUUUCAGACCCCUCAUGUCAGUCACAGAAAUACUCCUGAAGCAACUCCGCUCAAGUUGGCCACCCCUGAAGCCACUCCCUUGAAAACAGAAACCCCUGCAGUUGUCCCUGAGACACCUGUUCACAAGAUUGUGGCCACCUCCUCAGAUGAUUACGACGCUGUGACGUCAUUCAAGAUUGCAAUUGACAAGAUAUAUCCUGGGUGCUUCUCGGGAACUGCCCAGACGCUAAUUGUUCAAUCUCCCCUAUCGUACAAACACACUUUUGGUCGUUCAUGGAUGGGAAAAAAAUACAAGGACUCGUUGGUGGAACGACCCGAGCGGCUCAAGGCUACAUCUCUAGGUGUUGGCGCGGCUAUCGCAAACAACCCGGGCAAGUUUGAGAUUGAAGAGUCUGUCAGACAGGCUAAUUUGUCCAGUGAGCAUGUGACAGCUGUCCAUGGCGUUGAGUAUAUCAACUUGCUGGAGAAGCUGUGUCUGGAAUCAAAGGACAAGCUUGAAGCUGGCCAAUUGGAACUGCCUCCUGGUUGGCCCGAGGGUGACAUCUAUUUGUCCCCUGAGACACUGACUGCUCUAAAGGGCGUGGUAGGUGCAGUUGAGCGUGGUGUGGACGCACUGUAUGAUUCAGAUGUCUCCGAAACUCUCCAGAAACUCUCAAUUGGCGACACACCACCUCCCGAGGGAAAGACAAGCACUUUUUCGCAGGCGUUUGUUAACAUUAGACCGCCAGGGCACCAUUGUCACGCCUGCGACCCUUCCGGGUUCUGUCUAAUCAACAAUGCCCAUGUGGCCAUCCAAUAUGCUGCUAAGCAAUACGGCGUGACACAUGCAGUCAUCCUUGAUUUUGAUCUGCACCACGGAGAUGGGUCACAAGACAUUUGUUGGUCGCAGGUGAACGUGGGUGCAGACACCACGCCCGAACACACCCCUGAGCCCGAGAAGAAGCACUCCUAUCCGUCUCCCACCAUUGGGUAUUUUAGUGUGCAUGACAUCAACAGUUUCCCUACAGAGCUAGGCUAUGCCACUCCAGAUGCCCUUAGAAAUGCGUCUACUUGUCUCAUGGGCCAUGGUCUAGCCAUUUGGAACGUCCAUCUUGAGCCGUACGAAACCGAAGAGGAGUUUUGGCAGCUCUACAGAAAGUACUGUGUGCUAUUCGAAAAGGCCAACGAGUUCUUUUUCAGGGCCCAGCGUGAGGCUCGGGAGGCAGGGCUCGAGUUUAAGCCCUUGGUGGUGCUAUCAGCUGGCUUUGAUGCAUCCGAGCAUGAAGGUAAGGGCAUGCAGCGACACUCGGUGAACGUGCCUGUGGAGUUCUACCACCGCUUUUCCAAGGACUCGGCCGCACUGGCGUCUUAUUACAAGGGCAAGCUUCUCUCUUUACUCGAAGGAGGCUACUCUGACGCAGCUCUAUCGACCGGAGUAUGGAGCCACCUGACGGGUCUUUUGGGGAGAGAGUGGAACGCGGAUAUCGGUUCUCAGGCUACAGCGCGGGACGCUGAAAAGGUGUGCCGCAACAAAGAAUCGCGGACACGCAAGGGCGAUAAUAUUUUGGACUCAUUGCGAAUGGGCAAAUUGCUCUGGCCUGACGUAGGGUUGCCACCUCCUCCUUCGACCCGUACUCGCCGGCCUAGAGCAGCUAAUCAAACUUAA